GGCCAAUAACUACAGUGUGAGUUAAUCUCCAAUCAGGUAAAAACAUUCUGAGGUUGACUUUGUUUUUUAAAGAGCAGAUUAUAUUACUCUCUUUGUCUGGAAAAGUGAUUUAAACUGCCUGUUCAUUAAGCCAGACUUGUAAUUUAGGGGAGUGAGACCAUCCAGGAUGCAGGGGAAGCUGGCAGCCCAGCGCUGGGCCACGCCCAGGUAAAGCUGCCCUGCGGGCUUUGUGCCUUUGCUGGUAACUCGAGGCUCCAAUUCCGCCACUAGGAGGCGCGCGGCCCCUCGAGAGGCGGGGCCUCAGGGGGAUGCGCGUGGGCGUGACGUCACUUCAUGCGCCGCAUUCUGUUGCCGGGCAGCCAUGGAGGCUGCUCUGGAGUCCUCGGCGGAGGACCCAUUGGGGAACUUUGUGCGAGUUUUGGAGAAGAGAGAUGGCACGGCGUUACGACUGCAGCAGUAUGGCUCCGGCGGCGUGGGCUGCGUGGUCUGGGACGCUGCCAUUGUGCUUUCUAAAUACCUGGAGACGCCCGGGUUCGCCGGCGACGGGGCCCACGCGUUGCGCCGGCGGUCGGUGCUGGAGCUGGGCGCCGGCACCGGGGCCGUGGGGCUCAUGGCCGCGACCCUCGGAUGUUGUAGUCACCGAUCUUGAGGAAUUGCAAGACUUGCUGAAGAUGAAUAUUAAUAUGAACAAGCAUCUUGUCACUGGUUCUGUUCAAGCCAAGGUACUGAAAUGGGGGGAAGAAAUAGAAGACUUUCCUUCUCCGCCAGACUACAUACUGAUGGCCGACUGCAUAUACUACGAAGAGUCUUUGGAGCCGCUGUUGAAAACUCUAAAAGAUCUCAGUGGAUCUGAGACUUGUAUUAUAUGUUGUUACGAACAGCGAACAAUGGGGAAAAACCCAGAAAUUGAGAAAAAAUAUUUUGAGCUCCUUCAACUAGAUUUUGACUUUGAAAAAAUUCCUUUGGAAAAGCAUGAUGAAGAAUAUCGAAGUGAAGAUAUUCAUAUUUUACACUUCAGAAAGAAAAAAUCGAAAUUUCCAUCGUGAAAUCUUUAGUCAUCUUACCCAAGCCUCUAACAACCUGGGUAAGCUAAAGAUGUGAAUGGAGCAUGG